AUGCCAUUCGCUCUUCCAGCUUUACCUUCGGGUAUAGUUGAUUUACUGGAUCGUUCUCCCCCUGUCGUUUAUCCUUCUCAUCGUGCCAACUCUCCAGCAAAUACACCUACCAAAAGACGUGAUCGUGAAUGUCCAAGAGGAAGAGAAAGAUCCCAAUCACAUUCUCGUUCUCCACAUCAUGGAAGAUCACAUUCUAUUUCAGUCGUCGACCCAACUUCUCGACAUCAAACUGGUGGACUUGGUCUUCUUCCAGGAGCGAGUGCGAGUGUAAAUGAUAUAACUAGUUUAUGGCAACGUGUACCAAGAUCUACUAUACCUCAACCACCUCAAAUUCCCGAUACUCCUCCAAGAAAUGGUAACCUACCAUUAGGUUCUUCAUCCGUUACCACAUCCACGCCACCCAGACCGACGCAUAGGAGAGCAUUAAGUGCCAUACCUGCAACUCCUGAUCCAUUCUUCGCUUUUCCAAGACAAGUCACUAUCAAACAUCCUUCUCCUAUGGGAAGAUUACAAGAAUAUUCACGAAAUCCUUUAGCUUCUGUGUCGGCAGUAUCACUUCCAACUCUUGCGGAAACGGAUAAUCAAAUUCCAUCCCCAACUUCUCCACUCGUUCGACCCGUAAGACCUAUGAGUAGAGCAUCUUUGAUUCGAACACCACUCAUUUCACCUUUACUCAUACCGAACGACAAUGAUAGAGAAAGGGAACCUGUUUCUCCAAUGUCUAUAGGUUCUUCUUUACCUGAUGAAAGACAAUUUCGAUUGGAAAGAGAUGUUUUCGUUCCUCCACCUCAACCGCAUCAAAGAAAACCUUGGUCUCCAAGAAGUCAAUCAGCACAAGAAAUCAAUACUGUCCGUCAAAGUGUCAUUUCUUCCGGAUCAACAAACGGUCAAAACAGUGAUACCUCUUCUCAAGAACGAAAUUCCGACCAAGGUGUUUCACAACCCAUACCAGUAGGUAUGUUAGGUUUAGAUGGUAUAAAAGGGAACGGAGAUUUAAGAGGUGGAAUACCAACACAUCCUUCUAUGUCUUUACGUAGAUUAAGUCUACAACCAAAAGUUUCAGAUGUUGCAGUAUUAGCAACUUGGUCAUUCCCUUCUUCACCAACUCAACCUUCUUUAACUCGUACUCAAAGUCUUAAACAUUCACAUACGAGUAAAAGAUUACAUGAUCUGGCCAAUAUGUCAUCAAACCAUUUAACACUAAAAGCUAAAACGGAAAUUCCUCCUUCGAUGGGUAGACGUUUAGUUAAUAUUACACAUCGACAUACACAUUCUUCUCCUAACCUAAACCAUCUACUCGAUCCUUCUCCCAUCAGGUUGAAAUCAACUCCUAUACCUUUCCCUCUUCUUCCAGGCGGGUUAGGAACUUCAACAUCAUCUUCAACCUCUUCCUCAUCUUCCGGUAAAAAUAGACAAGGAAUAGAAGAAACGGAAGAAGAAAAGGAAAGAAGAGCAAUGCCACCUCCUCCAAGACCGAAAUUACAGGAAGAACCAUCAGCUUUAGCUUCUUAUAUGGCAGCAUCACUUUCUUUUCGAAAUCAAAAUCAAAACCAAACUCCGAUAAUAAUACCACCUACACCAGAUGAUCGUCCUAAAAAAUUAGCUUCAAGUUCAGGAAGUAUGAUAUCAACGGAUGAAAGUGGUUUUAUGCCUUCUCCUACUUCUUCUGUCUUUUCAUUACCUAUUCAUUUACCUCCUUCUUUUUCUUUACCUUCUUUCCGACGAGAAAAUUAUGAAAUACAAGAAAGAAAUCUAAUGGAGUCUCAUCAAAGGGAUUUACAUCUAAAAGUGGGAUAUGAACAAAGAGGGGGUGAAGAUCAUGAUGGAAGGGGAAAAGAUGAAGAAGAAGAAGGAGGUAUAACGAGGAAUGAAGAGAUAUCAGGAAGGUUUAGAUGGUUUAAGAAAGCUUUCGGAAGUACUACUAAAGAUACUGUUGGAAGUCAUGAUAGACGAAAGAAAAGGUUGAGAUUAGGAGAGGAAACAAAUGCUUUGACAGAUACUUCUGAUGAAGAAGGAAUGGAUUUGGAUUUGGAGUUGGAGUUGGAUGAUGAGGAGGUUUAUAAGACAAUGGACGAUAUCUGA